GCCAUGCAGACGUGCAGUGCAAGCAUAAGAAACAUGCUAACCCCUUUUAGCGGUUUGCCUGAGCCCACCUGCUCACGUGACACCAUCCUUCAUCCAGAGCAGAGGGACUACCAUCCAAAAUGUCCUCCCACAAACGCAGCUUCCAGUGCUUCAAUGCUUUAGGAAGCGAAGGCUCUCAUAUGUCUUCUCUUCCCUUUAAACAUCACACCACCCGCCUGCCCAGGAUCUGCCAUCAUGGCAUGGUGGCCCGCCAAGACCCUCUGGAGGAAUGCUACCUUUGCUCUGAGUAUAGACACGCCCAGGCUCUGGAAGCGCUAGAGACUCAGGUCCCACCUUUUUGUCACACUCACCACCCCUAUCAACACCACCAUCCGCACCAGUAUGUUCUCAGGGGGCCCACCAGGCCAGAGGAGCACCCCAUGGCACAUUCAGGCCACGACCGCCACAUUCAUCACAGCCAACACAAGAGGGUGGUUCUGGUGAAGAACAGUGACCCUGCAUUCAGGAAGACCAUCGUCCUGCACCGCAGGAGUCUACGCAGCUUUGGGCUUUUCUUAGAGGAAGUUUCUGAGCUCAUGCAGUACCACAUCAGGAAGCUGUACACCCAAGAGGGUCGCAAGGACGUGAGCCCUCUCACCCUUCCAUCAUAG